UGUCCAAGAUGGCGGCGCCCAGGAGCGCUGUUGACAUGUUGCUGCUGCUCAGAGGUUGUGUGACUGGCUGCCAGCGACUUUUCCCUUCAUCAGUUAAUCAUAUCUACUUACACAAGCAGUCAAGCAUUGAGCAAAGAAGAUAUCUCUUUUUCCGGAGACAAAGAAAUGCUCCUUAUAGUGUAGUCUGGCCAGCUACAGUUUCUCCAGCUCAUCCAGUUCCUAAGCACAUAAAGAAGCCAGACUAUGUGACGACAGGCAUUGUACCAGACUGGGGAGACUACAUAGAAAUUAAGAACGAAGAUCAGAUUCAAGGGCUUCGUCAAGCUUGUCAACUGGCCCGUUACGUCUUGCUUCUAGCUGGGAAGAGUUUAAAGGUUGGCAUGACUACAGAAGAAAUAGAUUGCAUGGUUCACCAUGAAAUAAUCAAACAAAAUGCUUACCCAUCACCUCUAGGAUAUGGAGAUUUUCCAAAAUCCGUUUGCACCUCUGUGAACAACGUGGUAUGUCAUGGGAUUCCUGACAGCCGCCCCCUCCAGGAUGGCGAUAUUAUCAACAUUGAUGUCACGGUGUAUUUCAAUGGCUACCAUGGUGACACUUCCGAAACAAUUUUAGUGGGCAAUGUGGAUGAAUCUGGUCAAAAGUUAGUGGAGGUUGCCAGGAAAUGUAGAGAUGAAGCAAUUGCAGCUUGCGGACCUGGGGCUCCUUUCUCUGUAAUUGGAAACACGAUCAGUCAUAUAGUCCAUCAAAAUGGUUUUCGAGUCUGUCCUCACUUCAUUGGGCACGGGAUAGGAUCUUUCUUCCAUGGCCACCCUGAAGUUUGGCAUCACGCAAACGACAGCCAGCUGCUGAUGGAGGAGGGCAUGGCGUUCACCAUAGAACCGAUCAUCAUGGAAGGAUCUUCGGACUUUAGGAUCCUGCCAGAUGGAUGGACCGCAGUCUCCCAGGACAACCAAAGAUCGGCCCAGUUCGAGCACACCAUCGUCAUUACUUCAAGAGGAGCAGAAAUCCUGACCCAAGCGGCAGAAGAAACUUAAAGAGCCACCUGGCACAGGGGGUCGCUGUGUCCCGACAGGUUGGCGGACUAUCGGGGGGGAUUUCUGUCCGGUGGAGUCGGUCGUCGAGGGAGCCAGCUUGGCACUGCAGGCCGGAGGGGCUCUGGAGGAACAGCCCCCGAGGGGGCUGCGCUGCCCGUUCUCAGAAACCGGUGCCUUCACCGAGCGGACUUGGGCUCUACUUAGCAGGACUGAUCCUUGCGCGCUCCGCUUUCUUUUGCUGCUUUGCCAGUUAGGGCGCAAGAGAGCGGGGCAAUGACUGGCCCCAAGAAGAGUCGCCUCGCCCUAGAAGGGGGCUGAGAGAGCGCCCCAAGAUGGCACGGUGCGCGCCCCUCCUUUGGUGCCUGUUUGGGUCUUUGCUUUGAACGUCGGCAGGCGCGCACCGGGGAGUUCAGAAUUGGUCCCCGAAGGACUUGAGAGAAAACCGAGCCAGCCCCCUUUGCACCGGCAUCCUCUGCCUCUGGCUCCCCAGUUCUGUUCGCCUCUGGUUUCCCGGGACUAUACACGUGUUUGCAUACCAGGGGCUCGUUCCUAAAAAAAAGUUAAGCAGCGUAAUUUAUCCUUUUGGCUAUUGGUUGUGUGUGUGUUUUUUUUUAAAGUGUCUGUGGGUGAAACUUUUUUUU